AUGACUCUCAUCACCAUUUUGGAAAUAGAUAUUUUCGAUGUGCGAGGUAUUAAUUUCAUGGGUCUAUUUGUUAGCGCUUGUGGGAACAUCUACAUUCUAGUCGCGGUGGAUUAUGUAUCUAAAUGGGUCGAGGCUGUUGCUUUGUCAAACAAUGAAGAAAGGAGUGUGGUGACAUUCUUGAAAAAGAAUGUCUUUACGAGGUUUGGUACCCCAAGGGCUAUUAUUAGUGAUGGGGGGACUAUACCUGGAAAAAUUUGGCCAAGUGUUGAAAUUAUGCGGACUGCACAAAAAUAUUGCAAACGCAGAGAAGGGUCUGCGACCGCACAAUUCUUUGUGCGAACGCACAACUACAGAUCCAAAAUCACCAACUCUCUGAAGUUGGAAUUUGCAGGAAAGUGGCCAAAAUGCGGCCACACACAAAAGUAUGCGGCCGCACUCAUUUUUGUGUGGACCGCAGAGCUCAAUUCAUGUACAGGUAAAGAGUGCAGGCCGCACUCAAAAUUGUGCCGCCACGCUCAGAUACCUACAUUCGGUGAGGCUUUGGCCGACAUUACCCUUGGAGCAGUGCCACUCGAUCUUGCAGGAAGUGACCGGCCUGAGAUCUCGGGCUCCCAAAUCGCCCUUCGAAGUGUUCUGUUGAGGAGAAAUCAGUCUCCCAGAUUUUACCGUGUACAGAUAGUCUACACGUUUCUUAGAGGAAAGUGA